GUUUAUGACCAAAAUCUUCUUGUACCUUUACCUUCGAUGCAAGCAUACACAUCCCACAAAUAGAUCCUAAAUCAAUUAGUUCUCAUUUUAUAAUUUCAAUGAUCAACAGUGCGAUGUAGAGGUAUCGAUCGCUCAAAACUGUGUAUACUGACUGCUCUUCUCUACUCUACUUUGCCUUUGAAACAUUCAGAUAAAGUGUGCGAGAUUGAGACUGGGCUAAAGUUGUUAAUUUGAUGACACGCAUAGCCAGAUUUACACUAAAGAGAUUGGAAUGCUAGGUAUACAGUGUUUUCAAAGAACCACCAGCAUGUUAGUUUUGGCAAUAGAAAUUGCUAUUUCUGAUUUAAACAAACUGCAACACAAAGGCAAUUACAAUAAAAAAUCCUUACAAAACAUUUUAUCUAAAUUCAAGGUUAAGAAAACUUUACUUUUAAUCUAUGAUAUAAAGAAGUUGAAUUUCUAACUGCGUUAGCCGAGCUCCACCAUGGAUGGAAUUUUAUAUCUUAAAAAUUUUCAAUACUCUAUGAUAAGAUUAGGGAAAAAGACAAGUUGACAUAUCUCAUAUAAACAGGACACAACUUGCACCAUUUUUGACUCUUUUCAUACUAACAUUAGAUUUGCAUGGUUGUGUUUGUUAACGUGUUAGAUACCCAAAAAAUUCAGGAUGGCAUCUUGUACGCCCAUGGAAAUACAUAGUAUGGGUUCAGAAUCCAAAAAAAAUUCAUUCAAUAAUGAAGAAAAGAAGCCUGUUGUCACUGAGUCUAUAAUUGAUACCAAGAUCACUAGGGUGACUUCAGAAGAAAACGUGGAUGAUCCUGAAGAACUUGCUGAUUUGGGAUACAAACAGGAAUUUCGUCGUCAACUUUCCUUAUUUGGUAUUUUUUCGAUUGCCUUUUCUGUACUGGGAUUGCUUCCUUCUGUUGCUUCAACGUUAUCCUUCAGUCUUUCGUACGUAGGAACCCCUGGCUUGCUAUGGGCUUGGUUAAUCGCUAUUUUCUUUUUGAUUUGUAUUGCAUUAAGCAUGGCAGAAAUUUGUUCUGCCUUACCAACUUCCGGAGGGUUGUAUUAUGCGGCAGCAGUUUUUGCUCCCGAGGGUUGGGGCCCUUUAGCUUCCUGGAUUACUGGAUGGUCAAACUAUAUUGGAAAUGUAAUUGGACAACCUUCUGUGAAUUCCAGUGCUGCUAGUAUGAUUCUGGGAGCUGUAAGCAUUAACAGACCGUCUUACUCACCUUCAAACUACCAAGUUUUUUUGCUUAGUGUGGGCAUUCAAUGUAUGCAUUGUUUCCUAGCUUCUCUUCCGACAAAAUACAUUUCGAAAAUUAACCGAGUAAACACAUUUAUCAACAUUCUCUUUCUUUUUAUUGCCGCAUUUGCAAUUAUCGGUUAUGCCGCAAAAGAUGACAAAUUCACCCAUGGUACAUAUCCAUGGCGUGAAAUAAAAAACACAACAAAUUGGCCUAAUGGAUUCGCCGUGCUUUUAUCUUUUAACGGUGCCAUUUGGACAAUGUCUGGUUAUGAUGCUCCGUUUCACUUGAGUGAAGAAUGCGCCAAGGCGAGUGUUAAUGCCCCAAAAGCUAUUGUACUUACUGCCGUAAUUGGUGGUAUAGUUGGUUGGCUUAUGCAAGUCCUUGUAUCCUAUACAAUUGUUGACGUUCAUGCGCUCAUGACCGGCAGUGGUAAUAUGUGGACGAAUUAUCUAAGUCAAGUUAUGCCAAAACGUGCUGCGGUUGCCAUUUUAAGUCUUACUAUCUUUUCCACUUUAAUGAUGGGUCAAAGCUCUUUAAUUGCGUCUUCAAGAAUAGCAUAUUCUUAUGCUAGAGAUGGCAUUCUUCCCUUUUCCGGGUGGAUUGGCAAAGUGAAUUAUCAAACGAAGACACCUGUGAAUGCAGUACUUUGUAACGGAAUCAUAAGUUUUUGUAUAUUGUUUUUGCUGUUUGCCGGCAGUGAAACUUCUAGUGCAGUUUUUUCCGUGGGAGCUGUUGCCGCUUUUUCAGCUUUUACCAUCCCAAUUUUUAUUCGUGUAUUUUGUAUGAAGGAUUCUGAGUUCCAUAGAGGUCCGUGGAAUCUGGGUAAAUACUCAAGACCUAUUGGUGCUCUUGCUUGUGCUUUUGUCGCUUUGAUGAUUCCAGUUUUGUGUUUCCCAAAUGACAAAAAUCCAUCUCCAAAAACUAUGAACUGGACAUGCUUGGUUUACGGCGGACCCAUUUUCUUGACACUCCUUUGGUACGCCAUUUCAGCUAGAAAAUGGUUUAAAGGACCUAAGGCUAGUGAGACCUUUAAAGGUGAAUCAAACGAUUCACCACCAUCUAUACCCGAAUUUUUUGACGGAACAGAAAAAUAGUCUUUUGAAUUGCGUGAUUUGUGGUAUUCGGAUCUGUAUUUUUUAGUUUUGUAUAGUAUUUAAUAAUGGCUAGACUAGCCUUUAAUAUCCUUCUUGUCUUUGUUCUUCUAAUCGAGGAUGUAUUAUUAAUAUAGUGGUUCACC